CCUUCCCCGGGCGGGGGGCGGAGGCAGCGGGACGGGGGAACCUGCCGCUGCUGCUGGCGGAGCGAGUCCGCCCCGCCAGCAGCAUGGGAGGGAGCCGGCCCGGCUUCGCCUUCGCCCGCCAGAUCAGGAGGCAUCCCGGACUCAUUCCCCUCAUCAGCUUCAUCGGCCUCGGUUUGGGCAGUGCUGCGCUCUACCUGCUCCGCCUGGCCCUCUGUAGCCCCGAUGUGAGCUGGGACAAGAAGAACAACCCAGAGCCAUGGAAUAAACUGAGUCCAAACGACCAGUACAAGUUCCUGGCGGUUUCCACCGACUACAAGAGCUUGAAGAAGGAUCGGCCUGACUUCUGAGGCCCCCCAUGGCAGGUCCGGGUGCCCCCUCGCUGGGCCUGGCUGCCCCCCCCACCCCAGUGUCCCCUGCUUCCCACACGGGGCCCGUAUAGAUCCGUUGAGCUGCCUGAGGUGAUGCUAGACCCGUGGCCCUGCCUGGCCUUGGCCGCGCCCUGAUGCCCCGGCGAUGGGCACUGCCCCAGCACUGCAAUAAAACCCCAACGUGCCA